UCGUCGCACUGGCAGAAUGAGGACAAACGAAGAGGUGAAGAUCAUCAACCAGGGCCUGGAAGAUGAGAUGGAGGUCUGGGGGUAUCGGCCCUGUUGGUGGAAGAUGAUCCUGGUGGGCGUGGGGGUCAUUUGCUCCGGUGGUCUUUUACUGCUGCUGCUCUACUGGCUGCCUGAGUGGGGAGUGAAGGGCACCUGCACACGCACCUCACUGAGGGACGCUCACACUUUGCUGCUCAGGACGACGGAUGAGUUCAGGCAGUGGUUUCGAGUCAAAGUAUGUGUGAUUCUGGCUCCAGGAAGAAAACCUUUUGAUGAUCUGGAUACACCGGCCAAAACUCAGCUACAAAACGGAGACAUAGACCACAGUGUUCGCUUUGUACACCAAAAACAUCAUGAUAUUCACCAGGAACAUGUUCAGUGAUUUCUCUUAGAGUCUAUCAGAAGAAAGCUGAAAAAAGGUCAUCAUCCUGUUGUGAACAGCCAUAGAACUUUAAGCUUGGGCUGGCGCCCUGGCAAAUCUUUUAUCUUUCUUUCUCCGACUCAUCUCUAAGCUGAGGGCGGAACCAAAGAUCAUCCGUUUCUUUUACUAACCCGGAYGGCUUUGAGCAACACACUCUUCUUCCUGACUCCAACCUAGGAAGAAAGCUGGGUUUUCUCUCCGGAGAAGAACUCAGUUUGGCUUUUAAGUCUUAGCCCAUGAGCUAACUAGGGAAGACUCGGCACGCCAGCUGGUCCCACCCCGAGGCUUCAAGCCUCUAAGUGUGUUUUUACCUCCCGUGGGGAGAUUUUAUUUUGAAAAGAAGGAACCGGAUGU